AGCUUUGGCUAGUUAAAGGAGGACAAACAAAAACAGAACAGCAAAAAGCACAGAAGGGAAAAGCAGGAAGGAAAAUACCUGAGGGGGGAUGUGCCUGGUCUUUCAUGACUUCCUUCUGUACCUGUUCAUAUAGUAUGUUAGCAAAGUUACCCAACGUGAUCAUAAAUUAAAAAUACAUGAAUGCAAAGAAGAUAUAUGGUGAGAGAGAGAGAGAGAGAGAGUUUAACUGAGCAGCAGCAUCCAUACCUUAUUCUCCAACCAUCAUGUGUUCCACAUUUGCCCACUCAAAAAUAAUAGGUUUGUAUUUUCUAGAAUAUUCACUCUACAUGGUUUCCAGCACAAUGGGUUAAAAGGAGAAGAUUGUGGCCUCUUGCAUGUGCUCUCCCAGCUGACCCCUCUGUGUGUGCGUAUGUGUGUGUUUUGAGAGAGAGAGAGAGAGAGGGGAAUGGGGCGAGCCCCUUGUUGUCCAAAGGUGGGUUUGCAUAGAGGCCCAUGGACUGCAAGAGAAGACUCGUUGCUCGUCAAGUACAUUCAAGAGCAUGGAGAAGGCCAUUGGAGAAAUCUGCCUAAGAAAGCAGGGUUGCUCCGAUGCGGGAAGAGCUGCAGGCUCCGAUGGAUGAACUACCUUCGCCCCGACAUCAAGAGAGGGAACAUCACACCAGACGAGGACGACCUCAUCAUACGCCUUCACUCCCUACUCGGCAACCGGUGGUCGCUCAUUGCUGGGCGACUCCCCGGCCGCACUGACAACGAGAUCAAGAACUACUGGAACUCUCAUCUCAGCAAAAGAUUCAAGCCUGCAAUGAGAAGCACCCCCAAAACCACUGCAAAUGCUAGGAAAGAUGCAACCAAACAAGCUCGCCAAGGGUUAAAAACAAAGAAGAAAGACGAGAAGAAGGGGGGUGGUGGUGAUGGUGACAAGAAGCUCGAUCAGCCUAAAGUUUAUCUUCCAAAGCCGGUAAGGGUUUCCCCAUUAAUCUCCAUUAAAAGGAACAACAGUUUUGACAGUGUGGUUAGCAGUUCAUCAUAUAGUCAAAUAUUAGGAGGAGCUACUAUUAACAACUCUAGAGAAUUGGAUGAGACAGAAAUAGAAGCCUGGUUUGAUCUUAAUGAUGGAGGAGAUGGUGGAGUAGGGGUGGGGGUGUUCUGUGAUCAUGAUCAUGAGGGAGGAGAUUUUAACGGAUUUGAUCCUUCAUGCCCAUGCAGUGGACCCACAAAUGAUAGCUACAAUAAUGUUAUGCUGCAGAAGCUAUAUGAAGAGUGCCUAGAGGUGCUUAAUGCAGAUGAUAAUCACCACGUCCAAUUAGACUCCUUCAUCGAGUCCCUGUUCAUCUGAGGCUGAUGAUCAAUCAUGCGUAAAUGACAAUAUCAGAAAUUAGUUGAACAAUGAAUUGAAUAAUUGACCAAGCAUGAUAAGAGUCAACUUGAUCAGUGGUGGUGGAGGUGCUAUGGUUUGGUUUGAAUGGGCUUUCACGUGCUCACCUUCCGCCUCCUCCCUACCCUACACGUUCUUGUAUCAUAUCAUGUGUGGGGCACAGGAUCUGCACGUGAAAAAUCAAUUCCAUGUUUCUUUUGGAUUGCUGUUUCCUACA